UUCUUUUUUUCUGAAUUGGCGAAUAUGUGUAGAUUGAUUGUAGAAGAAGAACAAGCAAGUCCAUCGAAUUUUGUCACUGUAUUGUGUUAUAGUCAUUUAUAAUCGAACAAUUGCAAUACAUAAAAUUGCACAGUGGCUGGGCCAAUUAAUGCACUUCUGCUUCAGCAUCUAUCUAAUUACAAUCGUGAGCACGGACGAGUUUCUCAAAUGUCAGAUUAGAGAGAGAGAGAGAAUGAGAGGAGGGAACGCAGCAUAACAUUCCCAGUCAGUCAGUCCAGUGUGACUGAUCAAAAACUCUCCUCCUAUCGGCAGUGCAGCACUCGGCUCCACAAAAAAGAUCCUCGGCAGGUUGAGAGACAGAGAUAUGCUAUGCAUUGCCCGAGGGGGGUAGAUGAGCGAUGGUGAAAAGCAUGCAUACAGAACGCACGGAGGAGCAAAAACACUGUACGAGAGGACGGUGACAGUCCGGAUAGAAGAGUUGCUUUGCAGAGGGCCAGUGACGUGGAGGUAACCACGAUGUGCAGCUCUCUGAGUCCCAAGCAGGUAAUUGGCCCAGGCCUGACCGACAUGCAGCAGUACAACCAAUGGCUGACCAGCCGCCACGAAGCCAGCCUUCUGCCAUUGAAGGAAGACCUGGCCAUGUGGCUCACCAACAUGCUGGGUCUGGAGAUCACAGCAGAGAACUUCAUGGAGCGUUUGGACAACGGCUUCCUGCUGUGCCAGCUGGCUGAGACGCUACAGGAGAAGUUCAAGCAGAACCAGACCAAGAACCAUGGAGAGGUGCCUGGCGCUGGCCACGGAAAGGCCAUCCCGUGUCGGAGGAUCCCGUGUCGUGCCAGCGCUCCCUCUGGUUCCUUCUUCGCCAGGGACAACACAGCUAACUUCCUGACCUGGUGUCGUCAGGUGGGGGUGGGAGAGACCUGCCUGUUUGAGUCUGAGGGACUGGUUCUUCACAAGCAGCCACAGGAAGUGUGUCUGUGUCUCCUCCAACUGGGAAGGAUAGCAUCUCGAUUCAACUCCAUGCUGCAGUGGGCCAGAUUCAACACCAUGCUGCAGUGGGCCAGAUUCAACACCAUGCUGCAGUGGGCCAGAUUCAACUCCAUGCUGCAGUGGGCCAGAUUCAACUCCAUGCUGCAGUGGGCCAGAUUCAACUCCAUGCUGCAGUGGGCCAGAUUCAACUCCAUGCUGCAUGGGCCAGAUUCAACUCCAUGCUGCAGUGGGCCAGAUUCAACUCCAUGCUGCAGUGGGCCAGAUUCAACUCCAUGCUGCAGUGGGCCAGAUUCAACUCCAUGCUGCAGUGGGCCAGAUUCAACUCCAUGCUGCAGUGGGCCAGAUUCAACCCCAUGCUGCAGUGGGCCAGAUUCAACUCCAUGCUGCAGUGGGCCAGAUUCAACUCCAUGCUGCAGUGGGCCAGAUUCAACUCCAUGCUGCAGUGGGCCAGAUUCAACUCCAUGCUGCAGUGGGCCAGAUUCAACUCCAUGCUGCAGUGGGCUAGUGAAGCAUAUCUCGGAGGACCCUCCCUGCAAGUGUCCCAAUAAGUUCUGUGUGGAGAGACAGGCCCAGGGCCGCUACCGCGUUGGAGAGAAGAUGCUCUUCAUCAGGAUGCUACACAACAAGCAUGUGAUGGUGCGUGUGGGAGGAGGCUGGGAGACCUUUGAGAGUUACCUUCUGAAACACGACCCAUGUCGGAUGCUCCAGAUCUCCAGAGUGGAGGGGAAGACCUCUCCCAUGUCCUCCAAGGACCUCACCUCAAACAGCUACCUGGUGGUGGCCGCACCCCACCGCAGCAACGAGUAAAGAUGGCCGCACACCACCGCAGCAACGAGUAAAGAUGGCCGCACCCCACCUCAGCAACUAGUAAAGGUGGCCGCACCCCACCGCAGCAAAAAGUAAAGACGUCCGCACCCCACCGCAGCAACUAGUAAAGGUGGCCGCACCCCACCGCAGCAAAAAGUAAAGACGUCCGCACCCCACCGCAGCAACUAGUAAAGACGUCUGCACCCCACCUCAGCAACUAGUAAAGAUGGCCGCACCCCACCUCAGCAACUAGUAAAGAUGGCCGCACCCCACCUCAGCAACGAGUAAAGAUGGCCGCACCCCACCUCAGCAACUAGUAAAGGUGGCCGCACCCCACCGCAGCAAAAAGUAAAGACGUCCGCACCCCACCGCAGC